AUAACAUAAAGCAAAUUGCACUAUAACAAGGCCAUUUUGCUAAGGUCCCCUAUCAAAAAAUAGGGAUUAUGGACAUAGCUCUCUUUUCACCAUCUUCCCUUUUCUCUGAGGAAGACGAUGUUUCAUCUAAUGGUGAAGAAAAGGAGGAAACCCAGCAAAGCUUUGUGGAGAGGAAACACGAGUUUCCUGGAAUGGAGUUGACCAUCAGAGAAUUUUCAUUUCACCAACUGAAUGCUAAUCUUCUCUGGCCUGGCACAUUUGCCUUUGUGGAAUGGCUAGUUGAACACCGAUCAUGGAUAGAAGGGCGGCGUUGCUUGGAACUUGGCAGUGGCACUGGUGCUUUGGCAAUCUUUCUUCGAAAAUUGUUUCAUCUUGAAAUCACAACUUCAGAUUAUGCUGAUCAGGAAAUUGAAGAUAAUAUAGCUCAUAACUGCAGGGAAAAUGGAAUAACACCUGCUCUUCCUCAUGUUAAACAUACAUGGGGUGACAGUUUUCCAAUUGCCGAGCCCGACUGGGACCUUGUCAUUGCUAGCGAUAUCUUAUUGUAUGUAAAACAGUAUCCAAAUUUGAUAAAAACUCUCUCCUUUCUCCUCAAAUCGUAUAAGUCAAAAGAUGAUGGAGCGGUUCCUCAAACAAAGAAAGAGGAGACUGCAAUGUGCAUAGGAUUGCCUAAGCCGGCAUUUCUAAUGAGUUGGAGGCGCAGAAUUGGAAAGGAGGACGAGUCACUCUUCUUCAGUGGUUGUGAGGAUGCUGGUCUUGAUGUGAAGCAUAUGGGAUCACGAGUCUAUUGCAUCAAGCUUAGAGAAACAACAAAAAAUAACAUAUAAGCAGUAGAGUUUCUUCAGAAGGGCACUUGAGUUGAAUGCCGGUCAGUCAUAUUCAUCGACAAUUUGGACUGGGAGAGUUAUAGAAGAAGUAAGUUGAGCUUUUAAGUAGAAUCUAAGCAAGCAUUUGUUGCAGUCUGUUUCCUGCAGAAUGUCAAAGCUGCUUUACAAGGUUUAUGUAAGUUUUGUAUUGAUAUCAUCCAAUCAAUAGUUAAGAACAAUGGUAUCACCUUUUUGGUUUUGAACUAAUCAUGUCUUAAAUUGGUUUUCAACUAAGCAAAAAAGAAAAAAAAAUUGGGUUUUUUUUCA